CGGUCGGACCUUCUGCGCUCGACUUCUGGUGCCUCGUCUUCAUCUCUCUCUCUCUCUCUCUCUUUCUCUCUUUUGUUGGCUUGCGGCUUCAGCUCGACGGACGUGGGUGCUUGUGCAGAGCAGAGCGUUGGCUCCUCGCGAUCCUGUUUGCACGAGCAGGGUUUGAGGAGACCCCGUACAAAUAUUUUGGCCCACUCGUACGCGCGCAAGGCCGGUACGGUCGCAGCUUUUGGCGCGUUGUGGUUCGCGGUCGCGUUGUCCGGUGGCAGCUCGCCUUACACAGUGCUCUUUUACGUGUUUAGAAAAAAAAAUUUGUUGUUGUUGUUGUUGUUGUUUUUGGCCGAGAGUCACCAUUUCAUCGCACAGCAUGGCUGACCAUCGGGCAUAUCAGCCAAUCAAGCCGGCAGCUAGCCGCAUGCUAGCCAAGCGCUGGGAUGACUCGGCUUACUCCAAGCAUCAGAAAAAGCUUCGCAAUACCAAGGCCACGGUUGACAACAAACCACCCAAAACCUACAUGCACCUACAGCUCAAGUUGAAGAAACUUCAGCUGGAGGAGGAACGCAUGGCCACCGUGGAGCGCGACAACCGCAUGUUGUUGGAAAAAAUGUCUACGAUCAUGCGUACCACAGGUCGCGUUGACAACCACAACGACUAUUCCCACAAGAGUUUGAACAAGGCCAAGCGCGAACAGGAUCUUCUGCGUAUCACGCAUGAGAACCAGGCCAUUCUGAAGCGCAUCUCUUCCAAGGCGCCACACUAUGACCGUCACAAGUGGGAGCGAGACUAUGAUCAAUCACGUCGGCUGCAGGGUCAGAUUGCGCGUUAUCCCAAGCCCGGCCAUGCGCAGGCACAUGGCCGACAUGGUGAUUUUGAGGCCUCGGGACAAGCCACCGAGGCCAAGCAGCCCACCAAGGCUUCAGCUUCCACCGCUGCUGCUGCUGCUGCUGCCGAACCCGGUGUCGCAAGCACAGCCCCAGCCAGCACGAUGAAGGAGGCUCUUAGCCGUAUCUUCGAGCGUGAUGCCAGUAACAAGGAAUUGCUGCACGCUUUGAAUGACCCGAAUCAACUGACAGCGCUGUGGCGUCAAUGUGACUUUAAUGGCAACGGUGGCUGCUCUCUGGCCGAGAUUGACAAGUUAGUCACGGAGCGAGGCCUGGAGGUGGCCAAGCCGGCGCUCUUGCGGGCAUACAAGAAGACAACGCUUGUGGAUGGCGUCAACAACGACGCCUGGGUCGAGCGUCGCGAGUUCCGUGCUUUGUUGCGCAACAUUCUCCUCUUUGGCAAGCUGUGGGACGCCUUUGAUGACCUGGAUGCGGAUGAUGAUCGACGCAUUGACCAGGAUGAAUUUACACGGGGACUCCAGAAGCUGGGUUGUCCCGUGAACCAAGAGGAGGCGGCAGCUGCUUUUGCAGACGCAGAUCAGAAUGGCGGAGGCAAGAUUUUGUUCAAGGAGUUUUGCGACUAUGUGGCGAGCACCAUCGGUGUCCGUUUGGAGGAUGACGAUGCCAAGUGGGCUGCCAGUGGCACGAGCAAGACUCGGGCCGCACUGCAAGAAGAACAAGCCGCCGCUUGAGCGUGGCCCUCGCUCAGAGCCUUUUCUUCCUUUCUGAUUGACAUGUAUGAUGUGCCAUUGUGAUUGAAGUUGUUUGGAUAUGGUGCAAAUCUGGCUAGAGGCAUGAAACGCGUGCCACGGUCUUUUAGCGUGUUGUCGCUGGUUUGUAUGCUUUUCCGCCUGGUGCGGUG